CGCUGGCUUCUGUGCUUAAUGGUUAUUUAAUGUGUUAAAACAAACUUGGAAUGAACAUAGCUGUUGAAUAAUGAUAGAUUAAAGAUACGUGUUUUGUGAUUAUAUCUCUUGGCUUUGCAACAUUAUUUUACUUGAACACAGAAACUUUCAUUGUCUGGUAUAAUCCCACUAUGACGGCGGCGACGGAAUCCAACAAACCCCGACGAUCGACGGGAUUCACGAUAGCUUCCAUUAUUGGGAGUGAUUCUGACACGAAGACGGACAAACGCGUGGACUCUCCGGCAUAUGAACAGCGUAAGAACUCUAAUUUGAGGCAAAAUUCUUCACAAAAUCGUGAUCAUGAUUCAGAUUCGGACAAUGAACGAAUUUCGGAUAGUGAAAAAAGAAAUCGGGAAUAUUUACAAGCACAAUUAUUUUAUCACAACCAGGACAGACUAAGAGUGAAAGACUCGCAUGGACCUCGUGAUCUAGAAAGUGCAAUGGUUCGGAGGGCGCCUGGUUCCCUUCACAGAGACUCGUUACGAGACUUCAACUUCUCUAGUGCUAAUGUUCGAGAGGGAAUCAGAACAGUGUCCUCGCCAGACACUUUAAGACAUUUACACGAAAACUUCAUCCACUCUGCGGGCUUGACCCCCAGUCAUGGCGGUCCAGUGUCUCUCGGUCACAUGGAGGCCCAACGGUCCUUUCGGCCGCCGAUCGCGAGUGGCCCAAUGGGAGGAUUCCCAGGACAGAUGCCGGUGGGUCCGGGGCUCCACCCGAUGCUGAUGGGGGCGGCGGCCCGUGAGCUGCGUCAUGUUUACCCCUACAUGGCGGAUAGAUAUCCGGGAUGCUUCCUGCCAAGAUACGGAAUGGGUGGUAUGCCGGGCCUGUUUUUCCAGCCGUACCGGAAGCCUAAACGGAUACGUACAGCGUUCUCGCCCUCCCAGCUGCUUCAGCUGGAAAAGUCGUUCGAAAAGAGUCACUACGUGGUGGGUCAAGAAAGGAAAGACCUAGCUAACGAGCUCCAGCUAACAGAGACACAGGUGAAAGUUUGGUUCCAAAACAGACGGACGAAAUACAAGCGAACAAAAUCCGAGGAAGGCGGUUCAGACGAGCCAAGGUCGCCAUUGAAUGACUCGAAAUCGGAAAGUGACAUGAGUGACUGUGACGAAAUUGAUGACGUAGGAGAUGAAUACCCUGCGCAUGCGUAUCAGCAUGUCAUACAAUCGUGUUGAACAAGGCGAAAAGCAGGACAAUGUGCAAUGAUUUCAAUGUUGACAAUUUAGAUGCAUUUUAAAGCUGCAUUCUCAUUGAUUGAACGUUUUGACAUCUUUUUUUUACUUUUUGUCUUGGAGCGUGCCAAACUGCAUGUUAACAAGUCAUAUGAGACUGCUGACAAAAAAUAUUUUUAAGUUCAAAAAUUGAUGUUUUAUGCAUUUUUCUUUAACCGUUAGUAAAGGUUUUAGCCGUAAAACCUUAAGUUUGGAACGGAUGUAUGAAACUCUGCGAUCUGAUCUUCUGUCAGCAGGCUUUUAUCACUUGUUUGCAGAUAUUUACGCAAAAAUUGGCUCAUUUCAAGACAAAAAAAAAAUAAUAAAAAAAUAAUUGUUAAAACGGUAAAUCUGUGUGCUUUAAAUUUGAUUGUUUUUUAUAUAAUGUUUAUAAUUAUACAAAGUCCCUUACAUGGGGAAACAGUGCUACAGUGCUGCUAAAACUUUCAAACGCUUAAUAUAGUGCAUUUAUUAAGUGAUAUGUUCCACAAAACGGGUUAUUUAGUGAUUGUAUGUAUGUAGUCUUUGGACUAGUUUUAUAUGUUACGUCAUGAUGUCUUACAAUUUUCGUUGUGAUUGCUUAGAUGUUUCAAAGUAUUGUUAUUACAAUUAAUAAAUCUUUAACACAUA